CACACCGGCGAAGACGGCAGUAGUCUCAUGACGUCACAGCGGAGCUUAAAAGGAAAAAACCCGGACCGCUGCGGGUCAUUUGUCACUCGUUGGCGGUGGAAAACGGUCGCGCGCGCUACCUCACCAGGUGACGUCAUGAAACUUCUGCUGCUCAUCACGCUGUCGGCUGUGGCCGCGGCCGCGGAGACCCUGGGCGACGAGGCGGAUCCUCGCUUCGCGUUCAUCAACGUGGAGGACAACGGACUGCGCUUUGAAGUGAACAACACCAGCAUCGCCUACGGCGUGGUCACAGUGGUGAUCGUGGCCGUUCUGCUGCUCAUCCUGAUCCCGCUGCUCAGCUCGUUCGGAGGAGGUGGCGAGGAGACUGGAUACGGCAGCACCGGCUACGACACCGGCUACAGCAGCUACAAGAGGUCGCUUGAUUCGGCCAUGCCAAUUCUUCAUCAUCUGCAGGAAGCUUGGGAGAAGUUCCAGUGAUUCUGCCUCGGCUGCCGAGGUCUCAUUUCAAGAUCCAGCGCAGUCCCGCGACCUGACCCGGAUCGUCGAGUCUUGUAAUGGGUUAUCAGCGUACUGCACGAGACGCACUGAGCUAUGAGCUCCGCCUCGCCAUUCCCUAGUGACUUUGUCUCCUCGGCGGAUCCCGCCCAGGUCGUGCUCUGGCCGGUUCAGACGUGUCAGCUCAGGGUCCGGGCACGUCACGUGUGGCACCACGGGUGUUCAGUUACACUCAGGGACGGGUCAGGAGGCCGGCUUGCUUGCAGCGACGCGAGUCGCUGCAUGUGAUACCAAAUGAGUCGGCGUGUGCUUGAAGAGUGAAACAGUUUCAAGGCUGCUAUCUUCCCCGGAGCAGAACUUCUUUCGUUGCGUUAUGGUCAAUUUUUCUCGCUAAAGAUGUAGUGAUGAAGAUGUAGCAAACCAUACCAUAACGCCACGUAUUUCGUUGUGUUAUGGUCAAAUUUUCUCGCUAAAAAAUGUAGUGAUGAAGAUGUAGCAAACAAUCAAAAUCAACGGCAGGGUCAGAGGACUAUAAACCAGUCCAACACUCAGCUGUCGUUUUGCUAGAAUGCUGUUUAUUGUUAUUUGCCAGUUGUUACCAACUUGUUGAUGUUUUUAGCAACGCUUAGACCAACAUUUUCUAUGAAUGUAUCCAUGAUGUUUUUUGCCUUUUGUAUAUCGCUAAUUGCCGCUUGUUUUGUUGGCGAUCUGUGAACCGAUGGCAUGAGCUACUUGCGAGUGUAUGCAUCAUGAGAAUAUGGGACCGUGCAUCGCCUCAUUCCCACCGGAAGUUGUUGACAUUUGAGUUGUUGCGAUGUCUUUCCUAAAUAGAUUGGGUCUGCUAAAA